ACCCCGUGCGGUUGAUUUCAACUUCCAGGAUCGCUCUCAUCCUGUCUAUAUAUCCUGUCUCUAUAUAUAUAUAUAUAUACUUUUCAAAAAAAAAUUUACGAAAGAAAAAAUAAUGAAGAAUAUUUGGAUACAAACUCCCAUAGCAAGAUAUAAAUUAUUUUUUACAAUUGAAAAAUAUUUUAUUUUACAUUCAUUUCAAUAUAAAAAAUGGACUCAAUUGAUGAAUAAUAGAAAAAUUAAUUUGAAAUAAUUUUUUUUUUCAACACGCGAUAGAAAAUUUGUUUUUCUUUUUUUUUCUGAAAAAAAUCUAUGCUUGUCCAUGUGCUUCCAGCAUGGCAAUCAUGCAAUCCUGUUGCUGUUGGCGAUCUGUUCGCAGAGGAAGUUUCGCAUGUGCAAUUUACAGUGGGAUCUACAAUAUAAUGCUAAUAGGAAUUUUGGGAUUAAUGCUUUAUGAGGAGAGUCAAUAUUUUGCUGGUGAAACUUUACAACCGAAAUCACCCAGUUUCUUAGAGCCUGACUUUAUGUCACCAACUGCACUAAAACUCAGCAUCGCUUUGAUGAUCUCCUCAUCCUGCGGAUUCUUUUGCUGCUUUCUGCUUGUGUACGGCUUACUCAAAGAUCGAAGACUGUUCUUAUUGCCAUGGAUUUUCACGGCAUUUGUAAGCAGUGUUGUCGACGUAGCUCAUUUUAUAUACGUCACAUUUUGCGGAAAGCCCCCAUUUGAACCGGCUGUGGCCAUGGUUCUCACGCUCGCCUUUUUCCUUUUUUGCCUCAACCUAUACUCUCUUCUUUGUGUGAUUUCACAAUUUCAAGAAUAUUGUGAAGGACGUGGGAGGGCAAUGGACGACAGCGAAUAUGGGGUUCCAGCGAUACGUUAUACCGUACAACCAACAACUACAGCAACCUCAUGUCUAAGUUCACGAAGAUUAACAACAAACAAUGACACAAAAGUAACUGCCAUUGCAACGCCAACUCAAAGUCCCACGGCAUUGGCAACAACUUUAACAUCCGAAAAGAGUCCAACUUCAGGAAGACAGACAAGAAAGCAUGUUCAAUUUCCAGAUGAAGAAGAAACAUCAGAUAUCCAGCCAACGAGAAAUAUUUUGGAAACAAAAACUACUGAUAAAAUUGGAUUUGAUCAUUCAAGUUACAAGUCUGACAAUUGCAAUUCACACAAUUAAAACAGGAUUUUUGUUCCCUGUUUUGAAAACUAUAGUGACUAAUAAUUAUUAAAAAAAAAAAAAAAAACUCGAUUCCAACAAAGAAAUUAAUAUUUAUGAAAGUGCUCAGUGAAUGGAAAAUCACCUCUCGCGUAUAUAAAUUUUUACCAGAACAAUCAUUAAAAAAAAACAAAAAAAAUGGAAAAAAGAUAAAUUAAAUCACCCAAUGAUUUAAUGAAAAUGA